AAAUAAUUUUUUAGAGAAUAUCGCUAAUUGUGACCAAUAGCAAUGGUGGAGUUGCUAAGGUGUAAGGUGUGAAAUAGAAUGGUGAUGACUCAUCCUGUGUAACUCAAUUUGUAUUAUGAUUUCAUAUUAAUCUCUUUCAAUUCUCAAUUCUCAAUUCUCAAACCAACCAGAUGUUUCUACGUCUCUCUCUUCUUUCUCUCUCUAAGCUCACACCCAAGGUGCCAUUAACAUCCGCGUUUCAAAGCUUGGUUGGAGCUCAUGGACGUGCCGGCACCCAAUUAUCUGAGAUACUUCCAAACAAUGAAGCGAUGUCAACAAGUAGAAAGCCAGUUUCUGGAUUUAGAACCUUUUGCACCGGCCAAGAUUUGUCAACAAAGAAAUGUGUGCCCUGCAGUGCAAAGGAUUUGCGACCCAUGACCGAAGAAUCAGCAAAUCAUCUGAUUCAAAAGGUGGAUGGUUGGAAUCUGAUUAAUGAAGAUGGCAAACUGAAACUGAAAUAUUCAUGCAAAGUUAAGAGUUUCACUAAAGGAUUGGAAUUAUUCAAGCUUGUAGGUGAUGUUGCUGAAGCCGAAGGUCAUCAUCCUGACCUUCACCUUGUUGGAUGGAACAAUGUCACAAUUGAGAUCUGGACACAUGCAGUUGGUGGAUUGACCGAGAAUGACUUCAUACUUGCUGCUAAGAUCAAUAAACUCGAGUUGCAUCACCUGCUGAGGAGGAAAGUUUCCGACUAAACCUUCCGAACUCUGUGGAAUAUAAAUAAUUGGGAAACCAAUAAAGACGGUCUUAUUCUACUUCUCAUGUUAAUGCUUUGGUCUUAAGUAGACAUCUAAGAGGUACUUACUUAGUUAACUUGUUAGUAUGUUUCUCUUCUCUUACAAAAUUGAUGUUUCCUUUGAGUUACAUUGAGUAAUAUUUUGUUCUAUCACACCUAAAUAUCUCAUGUUAUGGAGUUUAAGUGAAGUGUUGACAAUGUUUACCUUCCAAGCUAAAUAAAUUGCAUAAAUUUUAUCA